AUGCUUCCAAUGACCAACGGGUUUGCAGAAAAAAAUCGUAUUGUAGAAGAUGACGAGAAGGAAAUGAGGGAUAGGAUCAUGGGUGGGGGCCAGGAACUCUCUGAGGAAGAUGAAUCGCAGAUUAAUGAGGAUGAAAAAGAUGUGAAUGAUACAGGCACGAAAUUGCUUCAGGUCCAGACUGAUGCCCAAGCUGUCACUUUGAGCCAACAGCAAGAGUCUCAAGGGCCUUUAGUUCACUGGGAGAGGUUCCUGCCUUUUCGUUCUCUAAAAGUUCUGCUUGUGGAAAAUGAUGAUUCAACUCGCCAUGUUGUCAGUGCAUUGCUUAGAAAUUGCGGCUACGAAGUUACUGCUGUAGCAAAUGGUCUACAAGCUUGGAAGCUCUUACGAGAUCUGACAAAUCACAUUGAUCUUGUUUUAACUGAGGUGGCCAUGCCUUUUUUAUCGGGCAUUGGCCUUUUAAGCAAGAUUAUGAACCACAAAACUUGCAGGAAUACUCCUGUAAUUAUGAUGUCAUCUCAUGAUUCCAUGAAUGUAGUCUUUAAGUGUUUGUCAAAGGGUGCAGUUGACUUUUUAGUGAAGCCUAUUCGGAAAAAUGAGCUUAAAAUCCUUUGGCAACAUGUUUGGAGGAGGUGCCACAGUGCUAGUGGUAGUGGGAGUGAAAGUGCUGUACGGACUCAAAAAUCCACGAAGUCAAAGAGUGCCGAUGAGUCCAAUAAUGGUACUGAUAGCAAUGAUGACGAUGACAUUGGAAGCAUUGGUUUUAAUGCAAGGGAUGGAAGUGACAACGGAAGUGGUACCCAGAGUUCUUGGACAAAGAGGGCCAUCGAAGUUGACAGCCCCAAACUAAUGUCACAGUGGGACCAGGAUCCUCCUGAUAGCACGUGUGCCCAGGUUAUUCACUCAAGGCUUGAGGCAUGUGACAACAACUGGGUGCCUGUGGCUACAAUGAAGAAGUGUGGAGAGCAGCGUGAUCAACUUGAUAAUAUUGUCAUGGGUAAGGACUUGGAGAUAGGAGUACCUAAAAUUCCAAAUUUGCAGCUUAAAGAUCCAAGGGAAAAGGUAUUUACCAACAUAGCAGGUAAUAAUGGAGAGAAAUUUCCUGAAAUAAAAUCAAAACAGGAUGGUGGGCAUUUAGAGAAAGCACAAUUGGAGCUCAACAGUGAGAAACACAAUACAGAAUUGAGAAACCAAGGGGAUGAUCUAAAGGGUGUUAGUCCUCAGAUUGAUAGUGUAGUCUUAGACAUCCCUAACGAUCUCUUCUCUAACAAAAAAAAUGAAGUCUUCUAUGAGACCAAGGAGAUGCCUUCUCUUGAGUUGAGUUUGAAAAGGCUGAGAGAUAUUGGAGAUGCUGGGACCAGUGCCCAUGACCGAAAUGUGUUGAGACAUUCGGACCUUUCAGCAUUCUCUAGGUAUAAUUCUGCCUCAACUGCUGAUCAGGCUCCAACAGGGAAUGUAGGUAGCUGUUCGCCUCUUGACAAUAGUUCAGAGGCAGCAAAAACAGAAUCAGUGCAAAAUCUUCAAUGUAACUCAAAUAGCACGCCUCCUAAUCAACGUUCCAAUGGAAGUAGUAACAACAAUGACAUGGGCUCUACAACUAAUAAUGCUUUCACCAGAUCUUUGGUAAUCAGUGACAAGCUAGCACCCAAAUUUAUAGUUAAAUGCCUCCAUCCUUCUUCUGCCUUCCAGCCAGGUCAGAAUGACUAUACAUGUCUUCCUCAGCCUGCAAUACAGGGAAAAGGUGAUGCUCCAAUUGCUAAUGCAAUUCUGGCACAAUCAAGAGGCAUGAACCAGCAAGGCCAAGUGCAGCACCAUCAUCACUGUAUUCAUAACAUGCCCCAGCAGCAGCAGAAGCUUGCCAACCAUGAUGAUUGGUCUUCAAAAAACAUGGCAGCUGCAGCUCCCCGGUGUGGAUCAUCUAACAUUUUAAGCACACCAAUGGAAGGAAAUGCUGGCAAUUACACUUUGAAUGGAAGUGCCUCGGGAAGUGACCAUGGGAGCAAUUGCCAGAAUGGAAGCAGCAUCGCUUUGAAUCCCAGAGGAAUAAACAUGGAGAGCAAUAGUGGGGCAGCUGGUGAAGGUGAAAUUCCUGGAACAGAUGAUGGAAGUGGGAGCAGGAGUGGAGUUGGUCGAAACUGCUUUGCACUGAGAGAGGCUGCAUUGAACAAAUUCCGCCAGAAGAGGAAAGAGAGAUGCUUUGAGAAGAAGGUUCGAUACCAGAGUAGGAAGAAGCUGGCAGAACAAAGACCGCGGGUUCGAGGACAAUUUGUACGACAAGCAGCACCUGAACAUAAAGAUGAGGAUGAAGAUAAUGUUACUGCAGUAUUGACUACUGCUCCAGAGAAGGGGCAGUUCCAAGCCAGGCGUUGCAUCUGCAGAAAUCUCUUGUCAGCUUCUUACACUGCGGAACCAUUUAGCAUAUCAGUUGUCCCCACUGCUUGUUCUGGUGUAACCAAGAUACUUUAUGUGACAUUUGGAGUGCAUACAUCCAUGCUUAUGGAGUUGGUUAUGAUGGUAUACUGA